AUGUCUAAAGAGUCCACAAUAACGGUCGCGGUCAGGGUCCGACCUCUCACAGAUUCCGAGAAAGUCAGAUUGGAAACGGCUGAUGAAGGAAGUCAAAAGUUUCUGGGAGAUGGCUCCCUCGCAACAGAUGAAACUUCUAACCAGGUGAAGGUCAACACCAGAAACACCAACUGCAAUAUCCGGAAGGUUCUGAGUGUGGUGGAUGACAGAAUGUUGAUUUUCGAUCCACCAGAGUCCAACUUCUUGGUGGAGAAAGACAGCAACAUCUUGGGGAGGCGGGGACCUGAAAAGUUCAAGACCAACAAUACAAGAAUGAGGGAAAGAAAGUUCGUUUUUGAUAGAUUGUUCGACGAAGAUGCAGACCAAGGCGAAGUAUUCAACAAUACCACGAGACCAUUACUUGACAGCGUGUUAGACGGGUUCAAUGCUACUGUUUUUGCAUAUGGUGCCACCGGCUGCGGAAAGACUCACACUAUAUCAGGUACUCCGGACGAUCCUGGGAUCAUCUUCCUCACGAUGGCAGCCUUAUUUCAGAAAAUAGACGAACGCCGAGACUCCCAGGUGAUUGAGCUCACUCUCAGCUAUUUGGAGAUAUACAACGAAACAAUUAGAGACCUACUCAACCCACAGACCAACGGGAAGCCGUUGAUAUUGAGAGAGGAUAAACAGAAUCACAUGACUGUGGCCAAUCUGACCAGUCAUAAACCAUCUUCUGUGGAAGAAGUCAUGGAUAUGAUACUAGAGGGAAACAUGAACAGAACUGUUUCACCAACUGAAGCCAAUGCGACUUCUUCCAGGUCCCAUGCUGUAUUACAGAUAAACAUCACACAGAGGGCAAAAACAGCAGAGAUCAACGAAGAACACACGUUUGCAACUCUUUCAAUUAUCGAUCUGGCUGGAAGCGAGAGAGCGUCGGUUUCCAAGAACAGAGGUGAAAGGUUUCAGGAAGGUGCCAACAUUAACAAAUCGUUGCUCGCUCUGGGAAACUGCAUCAAUGCGUUGUGUGAUUCUCAUAAAGGAUGUCAUGUUCCCUACAGAAACUCAAAACUGACCAGACUUCUCAAGUUCUCUCUUGGUGGUAACUGCAAGACGGUGAUGAUUGUAUGCGUUUCUCCUUCUUCUCAGCAUUAUGACGAAACCUUGAAUACGCUCAAGUAUGCAAACAGAGCAAAGGAGAUCAAAACAAAACUGGCAAGGAACCAACACAAUGUCAGCAGGCACGUUGGUUCUUAUCUGAAAAUGAUAGAAGAACAGAGACGAGAGAUUGCAGAAUUGAAAGAGAAGGAAGGAAGUUUACUUCGAGUUCAGUUGGAAAAGGAAAAGUCGCAGCAGUCUUCUUGUCAGAAGCACCUUGCGAAGUCUCUUGACGAAUUGAAGAACUCCAUUGCCAAUAUGACCCAGCCUAAGAUUUUCAAGGCAUCUUUACUGGCUAGAAGAAGGAUGCUGUUUACGGAUCGAAAUUGUUUGGUUCAGUUGAUGAGCAUGAUGGAGAAGUCUGAGGUGUCUGCCGCAUCUCACACCACCAAAGAGCUUGCUCGCAAAUUGAUUGAAGAUAUCAGUAUAAGAAUCAAGGAAAUCGAAAAAAAAUACUCUCAACAAUCAGACCUGGACACGAUUUUGGAAAAAACUUCUAAGCUAAUGCUCAGAAAACUCGAGGAAAUGGAAGGCUGGUCUGAGUUCUACUCGGCACUUUUCAAUGCCUCUGUCAGUCUGCUCAAAGAGUUUGUGAAUCGCGAGAUUUUGACUUUGGCCUCUAUCAGCGAGGACGACGCAACUUCACCCAGUCGACUAUUUGAAGUAAUAUCUCUCUGCCUUGUCGGCAGAGGCUCAUCUGGAAAGACGUCCGAGGAAGACGCAAAUAUCUUUGUGGAAUUGAACGAAUCAUUGGAUCAAUUCGUCAAGGAAGGUUUCACAUAUAAUUAUUCUCUGAUACCAAAGAGCUCUGGUUCCCCACAGGAUAAGUUUUCUUCUCCGCCAAAUCAGCCUGCCCACAUAUUAUCAAACUUCCAAAAGUCAAGCAAAAAGCAUGAGCCCUUGGUGUUUCGGGGUCGCAAUUACGCUACUGCCUCGCCGAUCACGAAGGCUUCAAAAAAGACCAUAUUGAAGGGCCUCAAAUCGCCAAAUAGAAUGUCUGCCAAACUGAAGAAGAGAGUGAGAUGGGAAAUUCCUUUCUCGGCUGAUCAAGAAGUCGACCGGGAUUUUGAUGAGGAUGUAAGUAUGGAGCACAUGGUUUCACCGCUAGUCAUGAAGAGUGAUCCUGAAAUGAGAUAUUCCAACUCGGACGAUAUGGAGAUCUCUCCUCAAAUCAAAAGCUCAACGGUCCAGACAUCGUCGCUGGGGGAAUUGCGAUCUAGUCCGCUUUCAGGAAAGCGGAAGAUUGUUCCGCUAACGGCCAGAACUAUCAAAUCUUCUCUGACUUCUCAGCAGCUGCUCCCCUCGUUACCUCCAAGGCUUUUGUCAGUGAUCUCAACUCCCGAGGACGUGGUGAUGAAAGAUGAGUCCUCUGAUAAGCAGAUAAUUGGUGAUGAUAUUAUAUAA